UGCUUUCUUUAUAAUCAUAAAAAUGGGAAACAAGUAUUCUAACCUCAAAUGGAAACUUAAAGGCAGGAUAUGUUACUAUGAAUACACUUUACAGCAAGAAUGCAGCAGAGCUGACCUACAUAUUGCCAGGAUGAUUGAUUACAAGUUAAGGAACACCACGAGCUCUUUGACUGCAAAUGGAAUAUUUAGGGGAAUAUCUUCCUAUGACUCUAUAUCUCUGUCAAUCAAUUAUGAUCUCUAUCUCCCAUAUAUAAGGCAGAUGUCUCAUUUAAGCUCUAGAAUCACAGAAAUUGAAUGUCUUUCCUUGUCUCACCUGGAAGUCAAGCAUCGUAAAAGAGCCAAUGCCUGUAUCAGUCAGAUUAGAGUCAAUAAGAUCAAAUAAUGCAUAUAUUGAUGCUGGUUGCACUGCAAAAGUCGAUUUUAAAUGGUUCCAAAGAAGUCUUUGCAAAUUGCUUAGCAGAACAACAGAGAUAGUUAAAUUAUCGGGGUUCAAAAUUUCACAUAAAGAUUUCUGAAGAAUCCUGAUCUCUUGUGCGAACACCCAAUGGAUUAACUUCAGUGGCUGAAUAAUUGAGAUCAAUAGCUUAGAGGACCUCAAGACCGCAACUCUAGCGAUCCAAGAACUUAUCUUUUUUGAGACUCGGAUUAUCCAACCUAUCCAAGAUACCGAAUUCCACCAAAUCUUGGCGCAUAAAUUGACCAAGUCACAGCUGAGUAACGCUUUGAGGAGAGUUAGCCAUACUAGAAGGAAGAGAAGACAUGCAGGGGGGUUUUAUCCACCAAAGAAAACUUAUUCAAUGGGGAGUAUUAAUUUUGUGAUUUAUAACUAAAAUAAGAACAAA